CCAUCAUGGGCCGCUGCUGCAGGCCCACCUCGCAACGUGCUAGUCGUGCCAUUGUCACAUCACACGUAGCCCUCGAAGCCCAUCAAUAGGAUCACGCUUGCUCUCCCCUUCCAUUCCCGCGCCGCGCCGCGCCGUGGCCCCCUCCGUCCAAAGGCGGAGCUUGGCGCUUCUCAUGCCAGCGAGCCGCAUCUCGUCCGCCUUUCUAGACCAAUCACAGUCAUGCCCGCACUGACAGCCUCACCAAGCGCUCCAAUCUCGCAAGAUGAUGCCACGCCUCCCAGUGUCAAGUCCAGGAAACUGAAACGAUCAGCCGCAGCAUCCACUUCCAAAGGGCGUCCAAAGCCUUACGCUUGCACCUACGCAGGCUGCUCGCUGGCUUUCCACGCUCCAGCCAGGCUAGCCGAACAUGCUCGGCGACAUACUGGAGAGCGACCCUUUGUAUGCGCACACCCAGGCUGCGCAGCUUCUUUCACUCGCACGCAUCAUCUCAAUGUGCAUGCCAGGGUUCACGCAAAUGGCAGCACCUCCACCGCAAUCGAGCAAAGUGCCAGUUCUGCAACCAAGCCGUCCCGCGCGCCAGCGGCAGCGACACAGCAUGCGGGCGGAGAAAACGAGACGGAUCGAUCUGUGGAUGCUGUGCUGGCGAGUGGGUGCCGAGACGCAUUUGACCAGCCACUGCGACGAUCUGCCGAUCUGGAUGGUUCGCAGACUGCUGCAGCAUCUGUUCCCCAGCCGGCAGCGCCCCAGAGGAGCUUCAUAUGCAGCGCUCCAAAGUGUCGCCUCGCCCUGUGGACCAAGCAGCAUUUGCAGAGGCACGAAUCGACGUGCGACAAAGUCAGAGCUCUACGUUUAGGCAAGCGAGCUGCAUCGAGCAACGCGCAUCAGUUUGGCUUGGAUGCGACGUCGACAGAGGCUGAGAGCGAAGUUGGAGAAGAUGAGCCGGUAGAUAUGCGAGCGGGCGAGGAGGUGAUUACGGAUAAGGAGCGGCAAAGCGCAAGCGACGCCUCUGCAGCGCGCACACAGACUGGUGGCCAGUGCGGGCUGGCCGCCGCUUCAGACGCAGAUGUGACAGAAGCUGAGAUGGUGAGAGCAGGCGACAGUGGCAGGUCCUACAAUAAGCAGAGAGCAGAUAGGAGCUGGCUGUGCAAAGAACCCGAUUGUGGAAAGACCUUUCGGCAAAGAAAACAUCUUCGCGCUCAUCUCUGGGCGGCGCACAGCGCUACGCCUCAUCUCUCACCACACAUUUCCAACUCUGGAUUCGUAGCCGACGCAGCUGAUGCCCCGGAUGUGGAUGGCAAGGUGCGCAAGCCUUUUCCCUGUAGACAUGAAGGCUGCCCAAGAGCCUACUUGACGGCGAAGCUCAGAGCAUCGCACGAAAAGAUACACCAAAAGGGCAGAUACGUGUGCGUCUUGCCACAUGACCCGGGCAAAGAGCUGCAGGAUGAGGAGAAUGAAGCAGAGCUUCAAACGAACGGAUCUCUGGCCUUCAACACUUGGAGCUCUCUGCAGCGACACAUCAAGGCUGUCCAUCCGCCAACAUGCCACUUUGAAGGGUGCGGGAGGUCAUUUGAGAGCGCCAAGCAGCUCAAAAGGCACUUGUCCAGGCACACACAACUACCUAGACCUCAUCGCACCCUCGUCUCAGCUUCGGAGGCGGAGACGGAUUCGAAAGCGAGCGUCAAGAGUGCGCGCGCUGCUGCUGCUGCUGCGGAUAUGGACGUUGAGGCCGAGACGAGCUGCCAAGAGGAAGUUUCGAGGGGCAUGUACGCUUGCACCUGGACCGACACUUUGCAGGCAGUCCCAAUCACACGCAAAGGCUCCAAGAGGCGCAGCAAGAGGCUCGCGUGCAGACGGGUAUUCAGGAGUGCAAGAGCCAGGGACGACCACGUCAAGGUCUUCCACCUCGAGCAGCGAGACUUUGCCUGCGUGCCCGAGUGCGGGAAAAGGUUUGGAUACGCGCAUUUGCUCAGUCGACAUCGCAAGAGCUGCAAGCAUGUUGUGCAAGGCGUGGUGGGCGAUGAUGGCGCUAGCGCGAGGCGGACCGGCGGCGAUCGUGCUUGUGCUCGAGCGCGUGGCUCGAGUAGCAGCAGCAGCGACGACGAGACCGAGGGAGAGGCCGAGAGGCAUGCCGCUAUUCAUCGACGCGACGUGUUCCCGUCGCGAUCCGACCGUAGCUCUUCCGCGAGCAGCAGCAUGGCAGACGAACGGGAUAUGGACAGCGAAGAAGAGGAUGCGUUUUUCCGACGCGAAGGAGGAGCAGUGCCCGAAUCGCACGCCGAAAGAGGUCGCGCGCCCGUCCGAAAGUCUCUGAUCGCCACGGGUGAUGCUGGUCGGCGUGCUGCUUCGGCGCAACUCGCACCUCGCGCUCUGGCUGGACUGCUUACUGGGCACGGAUACGAGCAAGGCUUUGAAGAUGCGCCGCGCAAUGUGGCCGUCUGGUCCGGCUCGACCAGUCGAAGUUUGCAAGCCAAUAUCCGUGGCGUUGCGCGCGGAGCGAAGCGCGAGCGCGACGAGAGCGAGAAGGAGAGCGGAAAUGGAAGGGAUGAAGAGAUGAGCCUAAAGGGACGAUUGGGUAUCGGCGGGCAUAGCAAGAAGCGCAUCAGGGGAAGGGUGCUUUGUUGUCCUUAUGAGGAAAUACGCAAGAUGCUCUCGGCUAGAGAAGCAGACGAUGACUCUGCGGGCGAAGAGGAUGCUGGAGGCGCCGCGGCGAUCAGCGCAGAGCCUCGCGCGGGUCCGACGCGCACGAACUGCUCGAACACCACCGCGCCUGCCUCGCCGCAACGGUGCCAGUACAGAUUCUCGAGACUGUACGAUGUCAGGAGGCAUCUGCUCGCUGCUCACGACUGUCUAGUGCCGGAUCGAGACAUUUUGCUGGCGCUGCCCAAAGAGAACAUCGAGAAGCUUCCCAUGCCUGAAAGUGGCCGGGGCGAAGUUUGAGGCUUUUUUGCGGCGCAGGGGCGACGCGAGGACACGGCGGGGUAGUACCUGCCCUAGCUUCUUGCGGCAUUUCCCUCUUUUC